UUUCUGGUUAUAUGAUCAGUCCUUUAUCUUUUGAAGAUGAAUGAUCUAACAAAGGUCAAGGAGACUUAUUCUAAGAAGUUCCCUCACUAUGAAAGCUAUGCGAAGUGUCAGUCAAGAGCAUUCAUGGCAGGGAUGGCCACAUUUCUCGUCAGUGGUGCUGGUGUCUACGGCCUCCAGGAACUCCUCCAAAAGAAGUUACCAUACGGACGACAGACGUUCCUUCUCCCGACGAUCAUUAUCGCAUCGAUCACUUCCUACUCUGUGACACGGCUACGGACGAAAGCUUGCCAGAAUAUGUGGAUGGUAAUGGAAGAUAAACAUUCUAACCUGGGCUCAGAGAAUGAAGAACAAAUCUUGGAUCCAAAGGGAUGAGUUAGGCCAACAAGGAGAGGAAAACUGGACUAGACAUUGUAAUUCUAACUGAAGGAACAUAACCUGAAUACCCCAUAAGUUGACUGUCGCCAGGGUGUGCUGAAUAUUAGCUGCCAAUGCACAGGCAUACUUCGUUUUGGAUACAAAGUCUAAAAGAUCUGUUUUUUGUAGUUGUACAUGUAUGUCAUUCAGUGUUUGUAUUUGGUGUUUGUCAGGUUAUAGUCACUGUGGACACUUGUCCCUAAGGCAGAGUUUGCAUACAUGUUUAGAUUUACCUUGUCACUUGGCAUGGUGCCUGUUCGUUCUUGAAGUGACAUGAGUCUUGCUUCCUUUGUGAUCCCUCAUGUGCAGCUCGGAAGUUGUCUUUGCAAGAAGAUAAACAAGAUU